AUGGCGUCUAGAAGGAGCCUUCCAGUCCAGCCAGACUAUGGCUAUGUUCGUUCCGCGACCCAUGGAAUCUCGGAUCCCUCGAGAAGUAUUACUGCGUAUCCAGAUGUCACUCGUGCGGGCUAUGAUGGUUCGUACUACCCCACCUCCAGCGCGGCAUAUACUGCAAAUGUGGCCGUUUCAACUUAUGCGCCGAUUCCGCCCAUAACUUCUGGGCCAUCUCCCAUCCGUACGGAGCCAAUGUACAGUACCAAUGGCUACAAUUCAGGACCCUCUUCAGCCAUUUAUGGAUCUGCAGGCCCCGGAUAUGGCUCAUAUCCAAGCCAAGCCUUAAAUUGGGAAUCCCAAGGCAGGACCUCGCCUGAAACAUAUUUGGAUGAUUAUCCCGCAUCCCCAAGUCCGACUGAUUAUGUGCUUGAGUCUUCAAACAAAUCAGCUGCCAAGUCUAAACCAGACGGCAAAGGAAAUUCCUCACAAAGAAGGCCCACCAACAGGGAUGAGUUUGACGGCCCGCAUCAGUUUCUGAAACGCCCCUCUCCAGAAUACAUAGCGAAGCAGGAGAGAGAUUUGCCACAUCUGCCGACCAAUCUUUUCGUCCACGAGCAGGAUAGUAUCCUCACUAGGGUCAAUGACCGUUUGUCUCAAUGUGCCUUUGAUUUUGUUGCCAAGUAUCAGUUUCCGAUACCUUUAGCCAGCGGAGAAAUAAGACCCGUGGAAUGCCCCCAAGACCGCGAAUGGACUGAAUGGGUUUACCUUCUGAAGCGACUGGCCACCAAAAGGCGCAUACCUGCGAGGGUUUUGUAUAAUGGCCAAAUCAAACAAUUUAUUACUGUCCUGGAGAAUUCCUUGGAGAUGCGACACGCUGCCAAGCACCAGUCUCGCCCCUUGAAGGACGACAGGAAUAUCCUCCAACUGAUAUCUGCAGGAAUCCAAGUGGCCAGACUGUUACGCGAUGCAAAUGCAAUGGAUUAUAUGGAUCAAUUAUACGUUCAAACGGAGAGGGAGAUCCAAAAGAGAAUUUCCAGCUCUUCCUCGAGAUUGGUGAUGUAG